AUGUCGAACAACAGCGUAAAAAUUCCCGCUUUACCAUGCAAGCUGUCUGGCCAAGGCCAUUACACUGUUUGGAGGGACCUCGCUUGUCGAAUGUUAAAAGUUUAUGAUUUGUGGAAUCUAGUCAAUGGUACGAGUAAGCGUCCUGCGUUCACCACUACGGUUACAGCGGCACCACCUGCAGAACAACCUGCAGAAGGUGCAGCAGCAGCAACACCAGCAGAAGAGGACGAAGAAGAAACCACAGACAAUGCUGAAGAAAUCAGCGAAUGGGACAAGAAAGACAACCUUGCCGUCGUCUUCCUUCAAUCCAAUAUCGAAUUUGAAGUCAUUCUCACGCUCACUCCGGCCGAUACCGCCCACUACCUCUGGACUCAACUCGAGGACAGAUUUGAUCGGAAAACUGUGUCUUCCCUCCACUCGCUUCUUGCCAACGUUGUAACCCUACAGUAUACGCCUGACAAAGGCAUCAAGGAACAUCUACCCCAGUUCAACACUCUCUGGUCAUCUCUCCUCACUAGAACUAGUAACUCUACGGACAAAACCAAAGACCCACUCGGUUACCACCUCCACCAACUCGCAUCAGUCUCAGAAGCGAAGGCAUCCUUCCUACUCCUCUCACUCAGGCACGAAUCCCUCGAAUCAGUCGUUGACAACCUGCAAACCAAGCCCAACGUCACCUUCGAUGACUUCUAUGAAAAGCUGUUGGAUCUGGACUCACGGCGCAACAACGAUGGACAAGCGACCGGAGAAGCCUACAAUAUCAGGCGAGGAAACCCAGGACAUGGAAACAACAAAGUCGGUGAGGCACGGAACAACAAAAAGGACAAAAAGGAUCUCACAUGCACAUGGUGCACCAAGAACGGCGAAUUUGCAAAAGGCCACACGCACAAAGACUGCCGGAAACUCAAAGCUUUCAGAGACAAAGAGAAGUCCGCUGCAUCUGGCAACCUCAACGUCGCGUCCGGUACUGCAUUUCACACAAAAUUAGACCUCUCUUGGAUUCCUGAUCUUUCUGGCCUCCCCGCACUCGAAGAAGCUGAUGUAUUUACUAUGCCGGUUUCCUUCGACUUCACCACUUUCUCAGAUACCUCGGAUGUAACAAUGGAAGAUUACUUUGGCUUCGUUGCAGGACCUUCCUGUUAUAGGAAACACGAACACUGCUCCUGA